CGGAUAUUAUUUUCUAACGUUUUAGGGAUGGAUGAAAGCACUUUCAUUCAGACCGCCCGCAUGAAAACUUGCUUAAUUAAUUGAUCUUAAAAAGACCAAGCGCGUAGAAUAACAUUUGCUCUGCGAUUUAUACUUUUAAAUUUUAUUCAAAGUGUGUCUAAUGGAUACUAAAUAGUAAUUUAGAUCAAAUGCGUUGAUUAUUAAUAUUCGACAUGACAAUUUGUCGAUACAUGGCGGAUACAACAAUUGUGAUAGUUAUCCUUAAUAUUCACAUUUGUUUUGGUGUUUUCAUUGUCAAGCAAGACAAUGUUAUAUUUUCGUAUAAUAUCACAAAUAUCUCUGCCUGUCGAACAGAUACAGAUUCGUUUCAGGGUAUGUUAGGAAUAAAGUUACAAGAUUGUGUAAAGGAAUGUGGCUUAAGAAAACAUUGUAAAGCUCUGAGCUACGGAAGAAAACUUAGGAUUUGUAAGCUAUUUUUGACCAAAAAUGAAGAAUACUUGUUCAAUGGAGAUUGUGUCUACGUUACCGAUGAUGAUAUAAAAGUCGAAAAGUCGCCAUGUAAAGUCUGUACGGAUGGACGUGUAUGUGAUUCAACAACUGGCGAGUGCACUGUCAAAGAAUGCAUAAAACCAACAAUAGAAAAUGGUGAAGUUCUUGGAAAUGUGAUUGAUAUAGGCAGUAAAGUUCGUUACGUGUGUAAACGUGACUACCGAGCGGACAUUAGGCAUGCUAUGUGCAACAAUAAUGGAACUUUAAGUGCAGUUCCAAUUUGCAAAAGAGAAAUAAGGAAUUGCAUGGAGGUUAAGAGCUGCAACUCCUCGUAUACUGACGGCGAAUACUGGCUCCAAGUCAAUGUUUUUGGAGGACGCAAAGUCAAAAUAUACUGUCAUGGAAUGUCUACGUCAAGUCCUUUAGAAUAUGUUACAAUCGAUGAAAACAACAACUUUGGUUACAAUGCCGGAAAUGAUGGCGACAUUGGAGCAUUAACAAAAUAUAAGAAAAUAAGGGUAAUCAUGAAGUCGAUGGUGAUUGUAAGAAGCGACCCAACAUUCACUGACCCGCCUAUUUCCGGCCACUCCUAUGCAAUAGGUACGAGUUGUAACUGCGUUGACGGUUGUCCACCAUGGAAAGGGUAUUUUAAGAUUUCUACUGUAGGGACUGGUUUAAAAUUAAGCGAUAAGGCUUCUUGGAUAGCGGAGGGUUAUAAGCCUGGUAUAGCAAACUUCUCGAGGAACGCAGACAGCACCAUUAUUUCAGCAAAUUGUGGCGGUCAUUGUGGCUGGUGUAGACCAAAUGGGUCAUUAUACUUAUACUAUAACGAAAAGGAUGUUGUUGAUGAUAGUAAAGCAACCUACCCGGAAUGUUUGUAAAUGGAAUAACAUGUUUGUAUCAAAGGUCUUUGAAAUAGAAAAACGGCCUUGUUGUAACUAACUAUUUUGAGACUGCAAGCUUAAAAAGAUCUGCAGGAUGAUCCAUGACCAAGAUUUUUGUAAUAUUACGAUGAAAGAUUUUAUUACAAUGAAUUCUGUAGACAAUAUCAAUCGGGCGUUUCUUUAUUGUUUUCCUCGUGUCGUGCACUUUUCUUAAAUUUGUAGAGAUAAACAUUACUACUUGAUUACAAAUUCUGAUUUGAUGAAUUAUUAUGUGCAAGAAAAAUCAGUAGAAAAAAAAUCAAAUUUUAUGUUGUCACUUAAUUUGUCAAGCACAUUCUACGAAACUUUAAUUUGUUUCAGUUAAAUGCACCCUCUUCCAGUCAAUGAGCUUGAUAAUUGUUUAAUAAAAACAAUGUUUCUAUAGUAGCAAUGAUAUCUAGCAUCAUUGUGAGGGAGUAAUGCAUCCAUCCAAAGUUCUAAAGGAUAAGUAAAUUCCUUCAGUUCAUUUUCGAUGUAAUAAAGUCUAUAACAAAGACACCAUAGUUUAAAAGCUAUCUUCAAACCAUACGCUGAAACAAUUUAUUUGUUAAAAUCCUACUGUCUUUGUGCAAGACCUUAACGUGGUGAACGACCUUAUAAUUUUUACAUAAAAAUUAUACAUCAUUUCAACGUUUUGAAGUAGUAUUAAGUCGUUUUUGAAAGUGUGAAAAAAGGCAUUCAGGUAGUUUCGAGAUUCACCGGCUCAGACUAGUCAGAUAUGUUAAGACAUAAGUCCAGAAGAUACUUUCAACGCACGUCCCAACUACAUUGCUUUCUUAUGAAAUAUUUUAGUGUACUUGGCGAAAUUCGAAUACACGGCGCUUAGGGACAAGACUUUGAUCACUUAUCAGCCCUCAAACUCUGUUUUAUCUCUGUUUCAUAUGAUCAGAAUAAAUCAAUUCAAAAGUUAUCAAACCGGUGAUACAUGUGUUUGGAAGUGGGGCAGCUUAAACACUCGGUUGAGGCUCGUCACAUGUCUUCCUACUUUUUAUAAAUAACUGUGAUAAAAGCAAGAACA